GAGGGCCGGAUAGCCCCGCCCCCUGUGCAGCAGGAUAUGCUUACGUAGGAGGCUUAACCCACAGUGAUCCUAAUGCUUCUCUGCUGAAGCAGUUGAUCAGGUACUCUGGAUGCGUUUGUUGCUAUGGGAGAUCGGAACACUCCUGCAGUUCCAGCACAAUUACCAGAUAACAAUAUCCCUUGGUAUACCUCAGCCAAAAAGAUGUCCCCCUCAAGCUUAAGUGUACUCGUUCUAAGCUCUCCACUGCCUUUGUCCCAAAGCGCGCACAGUUUUACCAGUGCCUUCUGCACAGAAGAGAAUGUUGAACAGAGCCUCUCCUAUCUUAACACGGAACUGACCACUCUUGGCUUCCCUUCGCUUUAUGCUGACUCCAAAGGUAAAGAGUUGCAUGUCGUGUCAGUUUUAAACUGUAUGAAUGAACUGCUCCAGCUCCAGCACAAACAUCUUCGAGCUCGGGAAGAAGCAGAAACUCAGCAUCUCAAACUAAGCAGCGAUAUGGAUCAUCUGCAGAAUUGCUAUGCUAAAUUAAAGGAACAGCUGGAAACCUCUAGAAGAGAAACAGUCGGGCUUCAAGAAAGAGAUAGACAACUGCAAUGCAAGAACAGAAACUUGCACCAAUUACUCAAAAAUGAAAAAGAUGAGGUGCAGAAGCUACAGAACAUAGUUGCAAGUCGAGCAACCCAGUACAAUCAUGAUAUGAAGAGAAAGGAGAGAGAGUACAACAAACUGAAAGAACGUUUUCACCAGCUGCUUAUGAACAAAAAGGAUAAAAAAAUUGCUAUGGAUGUUCUAAACUAUGUUGGGAGAGUUGAUGGCAAGCGAGGUGGAUGGAGAACUGGAAAAACAGAAGCUAGGAAUGAAGAGGAAAUGUACAAAGUUCUUCUCAGCGAAUACGAACAGCGGCAGAAACAACUUUUGGUUGAAAAUGCUGAGCUCAAAAAACUGCUUCAGCAAAUGAAGAAGGAGAUAAUCUCUCUCCUUCCACCGCAGAAACAGAAACCUAGAGAGAGGGCUGAAGAUGGCAGUGGAACUGUAAAUGUCCUGUCAGACAUGGAGGAUGACUCUGGAGAAGUAAAUAAAGAGAAUGUGUGGGAACUGUCUUGUGACACAGUGCGUGAACAGCUGGCUAAUAGCAUUCGAAAGCAGUGGAGAAUGCUGAAAAACCACGUGGAAAAGCUGGACAAUCAAGUAUUACAUGUGCACUCUGGAACAUUGAACAACAAUGAUACAAUCUCAAGAGAAGAUCAUGAAAUUGAAGUCGAAAGGCUACAGUUGGAAAUUCAUCAGUGUAAGGAAAUGAUCAAAACUCAGCAGCAACUCUUACAGCAACAGCUAACUUCUCCAUCUGACGAUGAUACCAGUCUGUUGCUAAAGGACUGUUACUUGCUGGAGGAAAAAGAGCGAUUGAAGGAGGAAUGGAAACUUUUCAAAGAACAAAAGAAGAAUUUUGAGAAAGAACGCAAAAGUUUUACAGAAGCUGCUAUUAGAUUAGGACUUGAGAGGAAGGCUUUUGAGGAAGACCGUGGAACUUGGCUGAAGCAACAGUUCUUAAAUAUGACAUCUGAGCCCAAUAAGUCUGAACAUGUAAAACAUCGAAGUGCCUUCUCAGGAAGUUCUGACUCCGAUAACCCUUUGACAAACUUCAAGUCUUGCCAAAAGAACCCUAACAACUUGUCUAAUGUAUCCAAGUUUUCUGUCAGUUGUCAAACCACUCAGCAUGACCUUGCAAACAGUUCAAGCACUCUUCUGGAUAAAACACCUGCAGACAGAAAAUCAAGCCAAGUUAAAAAGGAGCAACUUCGGAAGACCCAGCCUAGUGGUCCUGGCCCUGUUAACCAGGACAAUACUUACAGUUUACACACAUGGUUACCGUCAAACUCAUGCACAGAACAUCUUGAUAACUUGCCUUAGAUUUUUAGUCUAACUCUCUCUGUUCAGCAAACGUGCCCAUCAACUUUCUGACUUCAUUUGGUGAAACGGUGUGAUGAGUGGAAUUGCUUGGUGAUCGCAGUUGUACU